CUCGCUUUAGCCGCGUGCAAUCCACUCUCCCCCAAAACCUUUUAAUUUCGUUUUCAAUUUCGAUUUUAUGUAAAAUCUGCAGUUUGAUCGCAAUCGCAAUCGCCAUCGCCCCCAAUCCUGACCACUCCUCUCCGUCGCCUCCGCAUCCACACACCUCUCUCCCACUCUCGCUAAUUCCGGCGGUUCAAUUUCAUCAGUAUUCGGUAGAAUUUUCGAUUGGUGAUGGCGGAGCUGGCGGCGGCUGAAGUGUACGCGCCGCGGACGCUGCAGGUGUGGCGCACGCUCCUCAACUGGCUGGCGUUCUUCUUCCAGAUCUUCGCGCAGAUCCUCCGCGGCACGCCGUCGCUCAACCAGGUCCUGUCGUACGUAGGCCUGCGCCAGGGCUCGCUGCUGCCGUCCGCGCCGCACGCGCCGCCGCAGUUCAAGCCGCUGCCGGUGGUGGAGCUGUCGGAGUACUCGGAGGAGCACGAGGAGGCGGUUGCGGUGCGCGGCGGCGGAGAGGGGACGGCUGAUGAUUCUCUGCCUUUCGGGAAGCUGACGGUUGUUCUUGAUUUGGACGAAACUCUGGUAUGUGCAUAUGAGACGUCAAGCUUGCCAGCCAUGCUACGUAGUCAAGCCACAGAAGCUGGUAUAAAAUGGUUUGAAUUGGAGUGCAUAUCUUCUGACAAAGAAUUUGAAGGCAAGCCUAAGAUCAACUAUGUGACAGUGUUUGAACGUCCUGGACUUAAAGAAUUCCUGAAACAACUCAGUGAAUUUGCUGAUCUUAUCCUAUUUACAGCUGGACUUGAAGGCUAUGCUAGACCUCUCGUAGAUAAAAUAGAUUCUGCAAAUCUGUUCAGCCGUAGACUUUACCGGCCUUCUACCAUUAGCACGGAGUAUCGUGAACAUGUGAAGGAUUUAUCUUGCUUGUCGAAAGACUUCUGCCGAAUUGUUAUUGUUGACAAUAAUCCAUUUAGUUUCUUGUUGCAACCGUUGAAUGGCAUCCCUUGCAUACCAUUCUCUCCUGGGCAACCUCAUGAUGAACAGCUUUUGGAUGUUAUCCUUCCUUUGCUAAAGAAUCUUUCUCAACAAAAGGAUGUAAGGCCUAUUCUCUACGAAAGGUUCCAUAUGCCCGAGUGGUUUCAGAAACAUGGAAUUCCUUCUUCGGGAUGGACAUAGGAAGAAACUGGCGGCCGUCAUGCAUGUCUUUAUGUAAUAUAAUGCUUAGGAUAAUUAUAUUCUUUUCACAAGGCAGCGUCUCCAACUCGGGAGCCAACAAGUUUUGUACAGCAUUGUUCGGUGCAGUGAAGCAGCCAUUGACGAAGUUUCAGCCUUGUCACAACCCGAGCAUGAUCAAUUGUGAAAAGUAAAGUUCUCUGUGUAACGUCGUUGUUCAUAGAUGCAAAAUCAUGACGGUGUAUCGUCCUAGUAUUGCAUAUCUCGAUGAUACGAUCAAUUAUUUGCAGUGACGGACGGGCCUUUGUUGCUUAAUUAUAUGAUAGGUUUGUGGAAUGUGAAUUAUUUGUUUCAACAUCGUUUUGACUAUGCUUCAAUAGAGAGUUUUAUAGGUGUUAA